AUGGUUGAUCAAAUUGUUUUUAAGGGGAAUAUGUCAAACCGAAAUGGACCAGGAAAUAGUCAUUUUCUGGAAGAAAUCGACGAAGAGGAUGAUGGUGGGGUUAAACCCCCAAACGAAGAGCCAAGCGUUUCUACGGAGAGCAAGGAACCAAUGAAGCCUGCUCCAGAAGACAAAAAAGCCGCCCCAGAAGAGAAAAAGAAGUAUCGGGUUCAUCCAACGAUGCAGAAUUUGCCGUUAGCCAGAAGUAACUCAUCGACAAGUCUCUCAAAAGCAGAAGCUGUUGAAAAAUACUACGAACGAAAUGCGCAUACUGUAUCUGGCAUUCACAAAAAUCAAGACACUUUCGGACAACUGCAAAAGAGAUACAAGCCGAAACAAGAUGCAGUCAGUGUGCUCAGCAGUCCAGGAGCACUUGGGGAAACAGUUUUGCCAACUCCCAGACAUUUCGAUCGAUCCAUGUAUUGGUUUGCAUUCCAUCGGAAACAGAUUGGUCUUCGACAUAUUAUAGUGGCAUUGAUGGUUUUGUCGUAUACUAUUUUUGGAGCAUUUAUGUUUUGGAGUGUUGAGAGCAGAUAUGAGAGAGCGAUUACCUUGGAACGAAUGACGAAUCUCGAGGAACUUCUUGGAAAGAUUUCUGAAAAUAUCACUGAGAUUGUGAACGAUCCAAAAACGAACACGACGGAGUCAGAGAUGAAAGCUUAUAUCAGGGAUGCCUACUUAACACUGAUGAAACUAGAAGGACAGUACAAAGGUUCGACGUACUACAAACUAGAAGACCACGGACGCAACUGGAAAUGGACAUUCGAAAGUGCAUUUUUCUUCAGUAUGAAUGUUUACACAACAACUGGAUACGGGUCGAUUGCGCCAGAAUCAACACUCGGACAACUAUUAGUUUGUAUUUACGGAUUCAUUUUUGUGCCAGUUACACUGGUGGCUCUUCGUGACUUGGGACAGUUCUUCUUGGUGCAUUUGACAAAAUUAUAUGCUCAGUUGAUACAGAGAAUGAGAGAACUAAACGGUGACCGUACUCUGGACGUCAACGAAAUCAUCAAAAUCCCCAUCAAAGCAUGUCUCCUUCUUCUUGCUCUCUACCUAGCAUUCUGCACCAUCUUCAUCCACUUUUUCGACGAGUUCAGUGGCCAAGAAUCAGGAACCGGAAUGUCUCUAUUUCUCUGUUUCUACUUCUCAUUCAUCUCGUUGAGUACGAUUGGGUUGGGUGAUAUCAUGCCCAACAAUGCUACGUUCUCUCCUAUCAUCUCGAUAAUGUUCUUCUUCGGUAUGGCACUCACCAAGGUCGUCAACAGGAACACAUUUAUUGCUGUGGAGAAUGGAAUUUUCGGUGCUCUUACUCUUGUGGAGAACAAACUCGAUGGAAUUGUUCGUCGUGGAAAGGUGAUGCCAGAAGAAAAAGAGAAAAAACCAACGAAGCAACCAUCAGCUCCUCAUCCACCACAUAUCCAAAGGGCGUUGAGUGUAGAAGACUAUGUUGCUGCCCAGAGAGAAAAUACGAAUGAUGUUCUGAACAACUUCACUGUCCGAUCAAUUGCUACCUUCAUGAAAUCGAAUACUGACAUUUAUGGAGGAGGAUUUGGAAGAGUUCAAUUGAGACGAGGAGAUUUGAUGGGAAGUGAUCAUCAGAUGACAACGACUUCAAUCGAUAAUAAGCCGCCGAAUCAGCAAGAUUCUGCAGUUUAG